AUGGAAUCGGAUUCUGCUUCUGAUCAUGAUGAGGACUCCAAAAAAGAGGCAAAAUUUGUAGUUAACCCAAAGAGUCGGAAGCACACUCUCCAAUCGAUCGGGACGAAGUGGAGAAACUUCAAACAUUAUCUAUAUGCCAAGUUCAUUAGAAAACAAAGUAAAGAUCCCUCAGCAAAUCUACUCACACGAAAAGGUAAGAAAGCUAAAAAUGUUCGUGCACAUUAUAAAUACGAUCAUCGUUUGAGUAGAAAAGGAUAUACCGGACUCAUUAAUGACAUUAUGCAAGAAACUAGCAUGACGGAAGAGGAAAUUGAUAGGACAAUGUUGUGGAAAAAAGAAAGAGAAUUGAAAAUAAGAGGAUAUGAUUCAGAUGUGAAGAUUAUUGUUGAUAGAAUUUUAAAAUUUGGGAAGUUUGGAGAGGUUACAUAUGGAACACAUGAUGUGCUUAAAGAGGCCUUGGGUACUGAGGAACAACAUGUGCGUGUACGCGAGAUUGGUAAAUUAAUAAUGCCACAUCAAUACUUUUAUUUACCCAAGAAUGUUAAGCAUUACUUGGAGGUUAAGAACGAGAGGGUGAAUAAACGAAUCAACAAAACUGAAGAUGACUUGGAGAAACUAAAAAGAGGUGUAUGUAAUGUUUCUGAAGGCGCAAGUUGCCAAAUAUGGGGCAAUAUUGAAGAUUUUGAAAGCGAACCACUUCAACAAUCACUUGUCGGGGGUGGCAAAGUUCACUACACAAAUGAUGAUCUCGAUGAAAUCCGUGAAGAAUGGACAGAGUUUGUUACAUGCUUCAUUUAA